UAUGAUUUGGAAGAUCGCGAAGAAGAACAACUGUUUCUUGGUGAAACAGUUCGGCAAUGGCACCGCCGGCGUUCGGUUCAGCAAGGAACCCAAUGACCCUUACGAUCUCAACUCCUACAAGCACUCAGGGUUGGCAAACCGCAAAACCGUGUCUAUUCAGCCAGGUGGCAAAGAUCUAUCGGUGGUGCUAGCUACCACUAAGACCAAGAAGCAGAACAAGCCUGCUCGCUUGCUUCACAAAUCCGUCAUGAGGAAGGAGUUCCCUAGGAUGGCCAAGAAGGCUGUUGUCAAUCAGGUUGCUGAUAACUACUACAGGCCCGAUUUGAAGAAGGCAGCCCUUGCAAGGCUUAGCGCCGUUAACAGAAGCCUCAAGGUUGCUAAAUCUAGUGUCAAAAAGAGAAACAGACCGGCUGUGAAGAUCAGCGGUAUGAUUUUACGCACAGUGGGGGUGGGAGUGGGCUACGUUCUUGAGUUGGGCGGGGAACUUGUAGUUUUUCUAUGA